UAAGGCCUUCGUCAGCCACAGUGCACAAAUUUAGUACCACAUAUGGCUCUCUUUGUUUUCCUCUCGUUCAUCAUCGCGGCCUGCUUUGCUGAGAGCUGCUGUUGCAUGUGUAAUGUAAUUUUCCCCUGUUUCGCCCGCGAGCGAUGAUGGUCUCGUUGUGUGGAACUGAGCAGAUUAGAAGUGCUUGUGCUUUGCUUGUAGCCCCCCGCCGGUUAACCCCCUUCUCAUCGUUCGGCGAAGGUAUCUACAACUGCCGCCGCGCCGCCGACGAGUGCUUUUCGGGAGAAUCGGACAUGCAGGCCGUAUCGCGCGAGAGCGGCAGCCAACAUUCUUCCGUCAACACGCGUUCGGUUCGGACCUUUAUUUUACGCGCGCGGAGAUUCCACGCGGCUUCUGUAUUAGGAAAGCCAUAAGAGGGCUAGACUCCUGUGCAAGUUCUUUGUUUUAAGAAUCAGUGGCUUGAAAAAAAAGUGAAACGGGACUUAUUUUUAGGUGCCCAUUCAUGGGAAGAUCAGAUUUUCGUGGACGUUUCUCUAAGGCUGUGACGUACGCGCUGUGCGCUAAACUAUUUUAGGUGCUAUUUGUUCGGUUGGUUGCCCUAGAAAAAAGACUCGAAGUGAGUGAGUGAAAUCGGAGGUGUAACGCCAAGUGCGUGCGAAGCCGCCAGAGACGACAAUUAUCCGCCGAAGUUUCGAAACGGGCGUGACGAGGAGUGUGCGCAUCGGAGGAAACGUGAACUAAUCGAUAUUACUUGGAGAAGAAGCAGCAGCAAUGGGAUACGACGAGGUGCUAACCCAUCUGGGUGGUUUCGGCCGGUAUCAGAAGAAAAUCUACGUUUUGCUAUGUUUGCCGGCCAUUAGCUGUGCGUUCCACAAGCUGGCCGGAGUGUUCCUUCUGGCGACGCCCGAUUAUCGGUGUAAAUUGCCAUUCGAGGCGGACAAUGUCACUUACCAGCUGCCGCCGGAACUGAUGACGAUGGCCUACCCGAUGGAUUCCUACUCGGCAAAGUACUCCACGUGCACGUAUUUGGAUGCCAAUUUUACCGAGGAAUAUCUGAACGGAGGGACUCCGGCGAAGGAAGUGGCCAGUUGCAGUCAUUGGAUCUACGACAGGUCGAAGUUCGAGAGCAGCACGGUCACCGAAUGGGAUUUGGUGUGCGACCGCAAUUGGUUACGGGCAUCAUCCGAUUCCCUGUUUAUGGUUGGUGUUAUGUUGGGCAGUAUCGUGUUCGGGUGGCUUUCGGACAAGUACGGUCGUAAACCGAUAUUCUUCGCAUCGCUGGUUACACAAGUGAUCUUUGGAGUCCUGGCCGGAAUCGCACCGGAAUUCUUCACGUAUACGUUGGCACGAAUCUUGGUUGGCGCUACGACCUCCGGGGUGUUCUUGGUGGCCUACGUAAUUGCUAUGGAGAUGGUUGGACCGAAGGACCGCCUCUACGCCGGAGUUGUUUGCAUGAUGUUCUUCUCCGUAGGAUACAUGCUAACGGCAGGUUUUGCCUACUUCAUCCACGACUGGCGCACGCUUCAGAUUGCAUUAACAUUGCCCGGACUCCUGUUUAUGACCUACUGGUGGUUGAUCCCGGAGUCUUCCCGGUGGCUGAUUUCCAACAACCGCCCAGCGGAAGCCAUCACUCUGAUCAAGAAGGUCGCCAAAUCCAACAAGGUCACCGUCCCGGAAGAUGUUCUGGACAAGUUGGUCGAAGAGGAUAAGGCCGCGUUGGAAUCCGACAAGAACGAGCCCAAACCGUCGUUGAUCGAUGUCUUCAAGCACCCGAAUCUUCGCCGCAAAGCCUUACUCAUUUUCUUCGAUUGGUUCGUUAACAGUGGCACCUACUAUGGACUGUCCUGGAACACCAACAACCUCGGAGGUAACCCCUUGCUAAACUUCGUCAUCAGUGGCUUCGUGGAAAUCCCGGCUUACAGUUUUCUGUUGCUUACCCUCAAUCGCUGGGGUCGCCGAACCAUCUUGUGCGGCUGCAUGAUCUUCGCCGGCGUAAUGCUGCUAUCGACGAUGCUCGUCCCAUCGGACAUGAAGUGGCUCAUAGUAGUCCUGGCGAUGCUCGGGAAACUGGCCAUCACGUCCAGCUACGGCACAGUGUACGUCUUUUCCGCCGAACAGUUCCCGACCGUCAUACGGAACGUUGCCCUCGGAGCUGCCUCGACCUCUGCCCGUGUCGGAGGCAUCCUGGCUCCGUACUUCAAUCUCCUGGGAGACUACUGGACGCCCCUCCCGCUACUGAUCUUCGGCGCUAUGGCAUUCGCCGGAGGUCUCCUCUCGCUACUGCUGCCGGAAACGCACAACCAAAAGCUACCGGAAACCAUCGCCGAUGGGGAGAACUUCGGCAAGGUGAAAGUCAUGCCCGGCGAGGACGGUCGCCGGGGGGACGUGGAGAACAAGACUGCCGAAGAAAUGCAGGUGCUGAAUGCUGCCCACCUGAAUGGGGACGCACCGCGCUGCUCCGUGGUGGAGAAUAGUAAUGAGAAGCGAGCUGCCAAUGACGACGAGGAUUAAGCAGCUGGAGGAAGCGUACGAAGAUGACAAGUAGGGCAGCCCGCGAGGUGCCAAGUAUUACGUAUCUCUUAGUAACUAUUCUUUUAUAGGUCUGUGUUUGUACGCUAGGCUAGGUGUAGAUUAUUUAUGUAAACUAAGUUUCAGAUCAGAACGCGGAGUGACGGGGAAAGACAUUGAUCACGGUUCUUGAGUUCUAGAGUGUGGCAAUCGAGUAGAGGUGUGUAUUUGUUCCCAGUUACAAAUCUGGAGUGGUGAAGAAGGAGAGACAAGGAGAGCGAGCGAGAGGUACCCGCGGUUUUCCAUCUUCUCGGCACGAUUGGUUGGCGGGUAUAUCGUACGAUGGUUUUCGAUUUCCAUCUUCAUUGGGGUCGUUCGUCAUUCUCUCCGCGAGUCGGAUGCCAAUGAUGAUGAGUGGUUGGUUGUUGGUCGGUUGACUUUAGGCUAGCUAGAAGCAACGCGUUGGGGUGAACGGAGUACAUUCGGAAGAAGAGGGAGUGGAAGAGGAAUUGCCGGUCUCUUUUUAGGAGUUGUUGCAUUCUGGCACGAUAAUUGCGACAUGCCGCGCCGGUCAGCCGGUCGAUGGAAAGCGUGAUUUUUUCGUAUUUCGCUUUUGCUACUACGGUUGAGUGGAAAAUGGGCUGAUAUUUCUAGUUAUGACACCAGACUGCCGGUUAUGAUUUGCGCACCUGGGAUGGAAGAGGGAAUCAGAGAUUUAUUAUACUUGAAUCGUAAAGUUUGAAGUGAAUUAAUGAAGUAGUGCAAAAAUUCUUU